AUGCAAGUUCCCUCGUCCAGGGCCCAGGCCUGUGCCAUUCCCCAUCAGCCGAACCCCGACAUCAAUAUCAGGAGCAAAGGCUUCCGUGCUCUGAUCCCCGUGAUUGGCGAGCAGCGCGGCGGACUCUCAUCCGAUGUUGGCGUCCUUGCCGCGGUGGACCCCGUCCGCCGCAGAACGCAUGACAUACACACGGAGAUGGUGAAGCUGACCAGGGGACACGGAGGGCACCGCCAUCGAGUCAAGUCCCGGGCUGCGGCCUGUUCAGACGGGCCCCCCAGCUACGGCCAGCGAGAGGCCUGCACUGCCAUCGCCGGCGGCUUAUGA